AUGACGCUCAUGAAGUUUUCAAAUCUUUCUUUUCUGUUUGCUAGCUUGGUCGCUGCUCAGAGUCAAUCUGCUCAAUUCAAUCAGGUCAUCAACCUGAAUGGGGAUAUGCAACUGAACAGCCUAGUGUUCCCCGACAACUCCAAGAUUGAGACAUUCUCGCAGACGCAACGCCAAAUCAUCGUCAACCAGAACCCCAACCCCCUCCCAGCAAGCCAUGUCGUCGGUUCAACGGGACAGCCUUUUGUUCAACUCUCGCGCAACUCCUUUACUAUUCAGACCAAUGGAGCCACCGACCUAGUGGGCGCCCAGAUCGAGUUGCCCAUCGACCAGAACAUGCUGUCGCAGGCAGGCGUCACAGCCGACAACGCCUUCGUGGCGAUGCUGUCGAGGGACCGUCAGGCGUGGAUUAUCAUGGAGGGGGCCAAGAGUGUCAACAUUACCGACGCUACCGUCCGCAUGGUCAAGCUGAACCAGAUUGAUGGAGAGUACGUCACGGUUGGCCGCCAAACAAGCGAGCUCGGUGUCUCUUUGACUCCCUUUGGCCAAGCUGUCAACAUUGCUGGAUCUGGCAUCCAAGAGGCCGAAUUCAACGACGGUUUCCGCAUGUCCAUCAGGGCUAGCCAACCGAUGAGCAUCCGCACGGAUGUCGUCAACGGUAUCAGCACUGACAUGGUCACCAACGGCAUCAUGUCCAUUAACAACUACCGGUAUCUCGUCACCAGCAACUUGGCCGGCGUCGUUCCCAGCCUCAACAGCAUGACUGCCGUCGUGCAGAUGCCGCUCAAUGUCGAUCGACUCAUGUCGAUGGCCAUGCGUGCGGGAGCCGCGCCCCAGUCCUCCAUCACGCUCGGUAUUGCUCAGCGCCCGGUUCUCCAGAAUCCUGGCGGUGCGACUGGUGGUCUGCAGGCUCCUCGUUUCAAGCGUCAGGAAGCCAACAAUGGCACUGCCAACGGCAACGGCAAUGGUAACGGCAACACUGCUGGCAAUGGUGCUGGAGCUGCAGCCGGCGCCGCUCCCGCCGUUGGACAGCCAAACAACGGAAACAAUGGCAACAAUGGAAAUAACGGUAACAACGGUAACAACAACGGUGGAAACUCGCAGAACCAGCCUCAAAAUGGCCAGCAGCCGAACCCCGUCGGUCCCGCGAUCCCGGCGGCAACCCAGCUUCUCCUUGCUCAAACCUUCAGCCCGAUCAACGCCCAGGUCCUACUCGACAGAGAGAAUGCUCGUAUCGCCGUUCCCGUGAACCAAAUUGACGGCGAGUUUAUUCUUACCAUGAUGGUUGCCGGCACCCCCGUCGGCACCCAACCCCAGCCCGCACCACAGCAAGGUCCUCAGCCCGGCGCUCAGCCCGGCGCUCAGCCCGGCCAGCCCCGGCCUCAGCAGGGUGGAGGCCUGGUUGCGCCUGCUCCCCAACAAGGAGGUGGUGGCAUCACCGGAGGCCUGCCUGGACAAGCACAGCCCGGAAUCGCACCGGCAAGUGCUCCCAAGCCGGCCUCGCCCGGCCGCCCGGCCCGCAGACAAGAACCGGCGAUGCCUCCGGCUGCUGCGCCUUUCCCUAUGGGAACAGGUUUCGAGAUGAAAAUGGCUGACCUCAUGGCCAUGGCCGAGGCGAAGAAGAACGGUGGUGUCAUGGCCACAUGGGAGAUGAUGACCAACUAUGCUGCGCAACAGAAGCCGGUAGAGCAGAAGAGGUCUGAGAUCAUGAGACGGCGGGCGUUCCCGGUGAGACGCCGUCUAGGACAGCAUUUCUAG